AGACUUCUGUACUACGAUGUGAUGCUGGAAGUGUUUGCCCUUGUAUCAUCUGUAGGUUGUUGGCAUAAAAUGGAAGAUGAGGAGGCCUCUUCUGAUCAGCAAGUAUGUAGACAAGGCAAGUCACAGGUCAGGACUUCUAAGACAGCUCAAGACACCCAUAAGAACAAUCUCUGUAGGCAGUGUUUCUCUCUGUUGCAACAUAUUUUGCACCCGACUGGGUCACAUGCAGCGUACUUUGAGCAGAAAGCCUUCAGUAGCGACGCAUGUGUUGGAGAAUUCUGUUUCAGUGUAAACCCUCACCAGCAACAAAAGAAUGAAUGUGGAGAGGGGCCCUGGAAAGAAGCUAUGGACGGGGCCUCUUUUGUGAGCAGGUGCAGCUUCUCCUUCCCUUCGGUGCCUUCAACCAGCAGGGAGGUUGGGGAAGACUUGCAGUCCAACCCAGAGCUUCCCCAGCACCAGGCCACUCUCAACACUGAGGAGCUACCCUGUAGCAGUGAGAUUUCACAGGAAUUUCUCCGUGGAAAAAGUCAUCACCGGUGGGAUGAAUGUGGAAACGCUGCCAGCCACAACCUGAAAGUUGUUCAGUGUGAGGGUGUGUGUUCUGGAGAACUGAUUUAUGAGUGUAACAAAUGUAGGAAAGUGUUUAUACGAAACUUGAACGUCAUUCGACAUAGAGUUCACACUGGAGAAAAGCAGUAUCAGUGUAAUGAAUGUGGGAAGUUCUUCAGAAAAAGACCUUCACUCGUUAGACACCAGAGAGUUCACACUGGAGAGAAGACAUAUGUGUGCAAACAGUGUGGGAAGUCUUUCAGUUACAACUCUAACCUCAAAAAACACAACAGAGUUCACACAGGAGAAAAGCCGUAUAAGUGCAGUGAAUGUGGGAUAUCCUUUCGUCAGGAGACCCACCUCAUGGAACACCUCAGAGUUCACACUGGACUGAAACCAUAUGAGUGCAGACAUUGUGGGAAAUCCUUCAGCUCCAAGUCUAACCUCAAACAACACAACAGAGUUCACACAGGAGAAAAGCCAUAUAAGUGCAGUGAAUGUGGGAUAUCCUUUCGUCAGAAGACCCACCUCAUGGAACAUCUCAGAGUUCACACUGGACUGAAACCAUAUGAGUGCAGACAUUGUGGGAAAUCCUUCAGCUCCAAGUCUAACCUCAAACAACACAACAGAGUUCACACAGGAGAAAAGCCAUAUAAGUGCAGUGAAUGUGGGAUGUCCUUUCAUACAAGGACUCAGCUCACUAGACACCUCAGAGUUCACACCGGAGAGAAGCCAUAUGAGUGUAGAGAAUGUGGGAUGUCCUUUCGUACAAGGGCUCAGCUCAGUGUACACCUCAGAGUUCACACUGGACAGAAACCAUAUGAGUGCAGACAUUGUGCGAAAUCCUUCCGUUCCAAGUCUAACCUCAAUCAACACAACAGCAUUCACACAGGAGAAAAGCCAUAUAAGUGCAGUAAAUGUGGGAUGUCCUUUCGUACAAGGACUCAGCUCACUAGACACCUCAGAGUUCACACCGGAGAGAAGCCGUAUGAGUGUAGAGAAUGUGGGAUGUCCUUUCGUACAAGGGCUCAGCUCAAUGUACACCUCAGAGUUCACACUGGACAGAAACCAUAUGAGUGCAGACAUUGUGGGAAAUCCUUCCGUUCCAAGUCUAACCUCAGACAACACAACAGCGUUCACACAGGAGAAAAGCCAUAUAAGUGCAGAGAAUGUGGGAUGUCCUUUCGUACAUGGUCUCAGCUCACUGUACACCUCAGAGUUCACACUGGACAGCAACCAUAUGAGUGCAGACAUUGUGGGAAAUCCUUCAGCUCCAAGUCUAACCUCAAAGAACACAACAGAGUUCACACAGGAGAAAAGCCAUAUAAGUGCAGUGAAUGUGGGAUGUCCUUUCGUACAAGGACUCAGCUCACUAGACACCUCAGAGUUCACACCGGAGAGAAGCCGUAUGAGUGUAGAGAAUGUGGGAUGUCCUUUCGUACAAGGGCUCAGCUCAGUGUACACCUCAGAGUUCACAGUGGGGAGAAGCCAUAUGAGUGUAGAGAAUGUGGGAAAUCUUUUCGUUACAGGUCUAACCUCAGACAACACAACAGCAUUCACACUGGAGAAAAGCCAUAUAAGUGCAGAGAAUGUGGGAUGUCCUUUCGUACAAAGGCUCAGCUCACUGGACACCUCAGAGUUCACACUGGACAGAAACCAUAUGAGUGCAGACAUUGUGGGAAAUCCUUCCGUUACAGGUCUAACCUCACACAACACAACAGUGUUCACACAGGAGAAAAGCCAUAUAAGUGCAGAGAAUGUGGGAUGUCCUUUCGUAUACGACAUCACCUCACUAAACACCUCAGAGUUCACACUGGAGAGAAGCCACAUGAGUGUACUGAAUGUGGGAAGUCUUUUAGCCAAAAAGCCUACCUUAAUAAACAUCUGAGAGUUCACACUGGAGAGAAGUCUUAAAUGUGCAGGGAAUGUUUCCUUUUAUUCACUUAGAAUAACAACAAUGAAGGAGACUCUUUGUGACCUAUUUUCCUGAAUUUAAACCCCUUUUAAUGGAACAUACACUCUUCUAGAUUCCUCAUGUUACCAGUACAGGUGAAGCUUAAACGAGGUGCAUAGCACUUUGUAACAUGCCCAGGUCUUCUACCCGAUUGAUUUGUGGCUGAAGAGAUUUCCCUCU